UGAUUGGUCGUUAUCUGUAUCGUUUUGAUGAAUCAGUAAAAGUCAUUUAACAUUUUUUCUUUAACAAAGAUUCGUCGUGCGUAUUUCCCAGUUUAACGACUUCGACGAAGUGACGAGAAUAUAAGAAUGUGUUUUGCGUUACCUUUUUACGUCAAGUUGUUUUGUUUCUUUCAAUAUAAACAGUAAUUCAUUUGUUAAGUUUAGGUAAGUGCUGAGAAUGUUUUUGUGGCAAGUUUGUUAAUACUUACUCAUAUAUGUAUUCGUUUCGCCAUUGGUUGAUGAAGUAGUUUCUUUGCCAGAUAUAUAGACAGAUUUUAUGAAAAUUUGGAACAAAGCUAAGAAUCAAUUGAUCACAUUGCCAAAUGAGUCCACCUCAAAGUGAGGACUCGCGGAACAGCAAAGUAUUUUCGUCGAGGUCCGACGAAUCAAAAAAUGGCCAAAUAAAAGUGAAACCCUUACCCGAAAGGAAAUUUGAAGUAAGAGAAUCUCUACUUACCGAACUUUUCAAGAAUCCGCAUAUUAAAACAGUUCAACAUAUUUUCGCCGCAUCGUUGGUCGGUUUGAUGGUAAAUACCGUUGCCCAGGAUUACCACAAAAAUGGAGAGAUUAGGUUUGGAUUUCAUUUAAUAGCAAAAAGUUUCGGAAAAAUUGAAUUAGUCGUGGGAAUUUGGCUCUUGUUAAACUUUUUGGCGAUUGUGUCUUACGGGAAUUUUAAAUUGUGGGCCAAUUUUAGAAGAAAUCUUCAACCUAAAGAUGUAGCAUUUAAAAUUUUGGACUAUACGUUUUUGUCUUUACUGGUCGGUUAUUAUAUUUUAUCAUUCAAGUCAAUUGCAAUACUAGUGGAAUAUUUUGAUCUGCCUAUUGGGUCAUCUGCGAUCGUGUGUCUCGAACAUACGAGAAUUGUAAUGAAAAUUCACGCCUUUAUGAGAAGCAACGCGCCGAAAGUUCUCAAAUUCAAAACCCACAGCGAUCAGAAACUGAAUAUUGCAAACCUAACGCAUUUUAUUUAUUUUUUGUUUGCUCCUACGCUUGUUUACAGGGAUCAGUAUCCUAGGUCAAAAACAAUUAGGUGGAACUUCAUUUUGGAACGAAGCGCUGAAAUUAUUGGUGUGAUAUUUUACUACGCGUUCCUCGUCGAGAAAUUCAUGAUUCAACCGUAUCAGCACAUAGGUCUUAAGAGGUUUACCGCCAGUCAAAUAAUUCUUUCCAUUUGCGAGAACAGCGCGUGUGGACUAUUAUGUUUGCUAUGUGGAUUUUACGUGGUCCUGCAUUCGGUGCAAAACUUAGUGGGUGAAUUAUUACGUUUCGGUGACAGGAUGUUUUACAAGGAUUGGUGGACGUCAACGAACUAUCCUGAGUAUUUUAGGACAUGGAAUGUGGUUGUUUAUGAUUGGUUAUAUACAUACAUCUAUAAAGACAUCUACGAAUUCCUCGUGCCGGGUAACAAAAGCGUCGCCAAGUUUGCCGUAUUUGUGAUAUCCGCUAUAGUUCACGAAUGGGUCCUUACGUACAUGUUCCACUUUUUCUUCCCCGCUUUGUUUAUGGUAUUUCUAUUCUCUGGCACCGUUAUGACAUUCUUCCGCACCCCCAAGCUGGAUAUCAUUAACGUAAUAUUCUGGUACUUUUUAGCAUUCGGUAGCGGGUUGCUUACUAGUUUAUAUUCUAUGGAAUAUUUUGUAAGAAUCAAUGUUCCCGUGGAGAAUCACACACUUUGGGAAGUGUUUGUCCCUAGACUGUUUACUUGCGAUUGCAUCGGUUGAUAUAUGUGAAACAAAUCUGUACCUGUCGUUGUAUUUUUUUAUAUAAAGCA